AUGCAGAUGGGCACCAUUGCACGCUGGGAGAAGAAAGAAGGAGACAAAAUCAAUGAGGGAGAUUUGAUCGCUGAGGUUGAAACAGACAAGGCUACGGUUGGAUUUGAAAUGCUGGAGGAGUGCUACCUUGCCAAGAUCUUGGUCCCUCAGGGUACAAGAGAUGUGGCCAUUGGAGCUGUCAUUUGCAUUACAGUUGACAAUCCUGACCUCAUCCCUGCAUUUAAGGACCUUACAUUGGAUAAAAUCGCUAGCUCCGCCCCUGCACCUGCAGCUGCCCCUCCCCCUCCAGCAGCGCCUGCUGCUGCUCCUGCUUCGCCACAAGUUCCUGGAAGCUCCUUCCCACCUCACAUGAAGAUUCUUCUCCCAGCUCUCUCCCCCACCAUGACUAUGGGCACCGUGCAGCGCUGGGAGAAGAAGGUGGGUGAGAAACUCGGUGAGGGAGACCUGCUGGCUGAAAUCGAGACGGAUAAGGCAACAAUCGGUAAAUUGUUUAUGGCUAGACUGUAA